AUGUCAGCUCUAAUUUGGAAUUGUCAAGGUGCAGCAAAGAGUAGUUUCUACUCGGUGCUUAAAUCCUUCAUUAAAGAGCAUAAGCCUUAUCUGCUGGUCUUAGUUGAACCGCGAAUCUCUGGGGAAGUUGCUUCUAGAGCAAUAAAAAGAAUUGGUCUCCCAAAUUCUCACCGAGUCGAAGCCUCCGGAUUCUCUGGUGGUAUUUGGGUCCUCUGGACUGAUCAAAUUCAAGUUGACAUCCUCCUAAGUCACUGGCAAUUUAUUCAUACUCGGGUACACCUCCCUCAUACAAGUCGCUCAUUCCUCUUUACUGCAGUCUAUGCCAGCCCUAUGAAUUCUGUACGGAUACAACUAUGGAGUGAGCUCUCUAACCUUGCACGCUCAAUCUUCGAACCAUGGGCGAUUGCGGGGGAUUUCAACUCUGUCCUUUAUUCUUCCGAGAGGAGAACAAGUACGGGGCGGAGGCGAGAAGGCUGCCCCCAUUUUCUGCAAUUUGUUAAUGAUUGCACGCUCUUGGAUUUGGGUUUUUCUGGCCCUCGGUUCACUUGGAGAAGGGGCCUCUCAUUUGCUCGACUUGAUAGAGUCCUUGUUAACCACCAUUGGUUUGAUUCUUACUCCAACACCUUAGUUUAUCACCUCCCUAAAAUCCAAUCCGAUCACAGACCCCUGAAAUUGUCCUCGGGCCUCAAUACUAUUGCUCCUAAACAAACCCAACAAUUUCGAUUCCUUGCUCCCUGGCUUACCCACCCUCAAUUCUCGCAACUAGUCCGUAAUAAUUGGUCCACGGAUAGGUCAUUACACCAGAACAUCGAAGCCUUCUCCAGGGUAGCAGCCAGGUGGAACAGAGAAGAGUUUGGAGCCAUUGGCACCAAAAAAAGAAUCCUAGCUGCUCGUAUCUCAGGUGUCCAGAAGAAACUCGAAGAGAGUCCUCUUUCUCAUCAAUUGCAGAAGCUCAACCGAGACUUAUGCCAGGAAUAUGAGUCCAUUUGCCUCCAAGAAGAAUUACUUUGGAUUCAAAAAUCCAGAUCAGAUUGUAUCAACUUGGGCGACCGCAAUACUGCAUAUUACCACAGAAAAGCAAAGAUUCGGAGGUCACGAAAUCGAAUCACCGCACUUAAAGAUGGUGAUGGCAAUUGGACCUAUGAUGAGGAGUCACUUGCAAAAAUGGUGAAGGAAUUCUAUGUUAAUCUCUAUACGGCUCCUGAGACUGAACCAGCGGUAUUCCGUCAUCGAGGUAUGUUUCCUCCCCUCUCUAACUCUUCCUGGGAUAUAUUAAAUGCUUAA